AUGUUUUUGAAUCCAAUUUUCAAAUCUCUAUGUCGUUUCUCGUAUAUGAAAAAAAACUUUAGCUAUGAGAAUUUAUAAGAUGUUGAAAUCAUAACCAGAGAUUAUUGGGGAAGUUUGAGAAAUAUUCUUAAAUCAUUUUCAAAUCACAAAAUAAAUUUAACAGACAUCGAAGCUCUAAAAUUAAGUAGAACUCAUAAGUAAAAAUAAUAAAUGUAUAUAAUAGAGGUUAGAAUAUUGUAGUAAAAUUAACAUUUGAGAAAGUUGAAGAUAAAAAGUACAAUGAAUUAAUAUUUGAUUUGCAGUAGAGAUACGAUUAGAUUUUAAUAAAUAAUGAUAUGGCAGUACCUAUGGUGCCAUGGUACCCAAGAACUGAUGAAGAUCUUAAAACAAGUAAUAAAACGUUAUGACAGUUAGUUGGAACAAUAAUGGAAGUUAACGAAGAAAAUAAUUAAGAUCAUCCUCAAUUUAAAGAUUUAGAGUAUAGAAAGAGAAGAGAAGAAAUUGCAAAACUUUCUUAAGCUCAUUUAAUUGGAGAACCAGUUCCUUAUAUAAAUUAUACAGAAUAAGAAGAGUAAACAUGGAAAAAAAUAUAUUCUAUUUUAAGAGAAAAAGUGAAUUUGGUGAUGUCUUAAAGAUAUUUGAAUAAUUUAGUAAAAAUAGAAUAAGCUCUUGGAUUUAAAUAUAAAAUUCCUUAAUUAAGAGAUAUAGAUGCAUAUUUAAGAGCAGAAACAGGAUUUCGAAUAAAAGCAACUCAUGGAAUACUUAGUUAAAGAGAGUUCUUAAAUGCUCUUGGACAUAGAGUGUUUUGUUGUACAUAAUACAUAAGACAUCAUUCAACUCCUGAAUAUACACCUGAACCUGAUAUUGUUCAUGAACUUGUUGGUCAUGUACCUUUGUUUGCAGAUAAAGAAGUAGCUGAUCUUUCUUAAGAAAUUGGUAUUUUAUCAUGUGGAGCAAAAAAACAAGAUUUGGCAAGAUUGGGUACUUUAUAUUGGUUUACUCUUGAAUUUGGUGCUUAUAAAGAAAAUGGAUUAAUUAAAGGAUAUGGAGCAGGUAUAGCUAGUUCUAUUGGAGAAUGUGAUGUAAUUAUAUAUCUAAAUAUAAUCUAGCAUUUCCCUAAAGCUAAAUAUGAAAAGUUUGAUCCCUUUAUUCAUGCUGAUCGUAGCUAUCCUAUUUAAACUGUUUAACCUACCUAUAUGUAUACUGAAAGCUUUGAUGAAGCUAUGUAGAGUUUAAUCAUUUUUGGUAAAAGUUUAUAAAAACCAUUUGGAUUGUAUUAUGAUUUCAUUGAUAAAGAACUUAAAUCAACCAGAAGAAUUAAGACUCAUCUUAAUGAUUAAUGA